CAUAGCUGCGGUACRUACUGUACUCUACAAAAGGACACUGAAGAUUGCCGACGCCCAUAACUUUAAGUCCUUGAUUGGCAUUUGCUUCGUAUCAAACUUAAACUAGAAUCAAUACAGUAACAAAUAUGAUUGCGACCGCUUCCAGUCGUAUCGUGUCGUUCCUUUUGGUGGUUCUGGCAGCAUUUUGCGGUUCGUCGUUGGCAUUUCAGGCAUCGACGAGACCUACGCUCGGAAUUCGGUAUGUUCAAAUACAUKAUGACGAGUGCAUUAGCUUUCMAUUAUGAUCAUCUGCUAAGUACUAUCUCCCCAAGUUAAGAACUGACCAUCGAUCUGAAUUCAUGUUUCAUAUUCUCGACAAAAAACUAGCUUGCCCUCGAAUGGCCUCCCCGAUACCUUGCCUGCAACAGCAACAAGCAGCAGCUUGAAUCUUUCCUUUUCAUCGUUCGGAAGCACCUUCGGAAAUCGAAGAACUAGCAAAAAUGACGAGGUUAUGGGAAAGAAGACAUCACAGAGCAAGCGUGCAGUGUUUUCGAAAGUCUUGAGACGGUCCGCUGUUGCUCUUGUUACCCUCACAUUGUUGACCAGCAACCCGGCAUUCGCUGCCAAGAAGGCCGCUGCUGCACCUGUCGAGCACCUUCACACGGGACAAAAGAUYGCCAACUUUUUUAUCAACUUUGGCCUCCCUAAGUGGGCUGUUCUUAGUGUGAUUUCGGCAAUGCCCGUGGUUGAACUUCGUGGAGCCAUUCCAGUCGGUGUUUGGAUGGGUUUGCCUAUCCAACAAGUUUUCCCCAUUUGCGUUCUCGGCAACAUGGUUCCCAUCGUUCCGCUUCUUUUCCUUCUUAAAAAUGAAACCCUGAAGAAUCUCAUGAGUCCUAUCUUGAAACGCGCCGAGAAAAAAGCAUCKGGAUUGGGUGUGGGAGAUAUUCAGAAGCAGUGGGUAUCCCUCGCCGCCUUCGUUGGAAUUCCUCUUCCAGGAACUGGAGCCUGGACUGGUGCAAUGGGAGCAUUCUUGCUGGGUAUGCCAACACCUGUUGCUCUAUCGGCAAUCUUUGCCGGUGUCGUUUCGGCUGGAUGUAUCAUGACUGCCAUCACACUUGCCGGCAAGACCGGUGGACUAGUCGCUCUUUCUGUCUUGAUCGCAUUCGCAUUGAAUGAAUUGUUCUUUAAGAAAUCCGAAAAGGCGCAGGACUUUUUGGAGGCCGAUCCUUAUUGGGACCAAUCAACCGUCCCUGUAAAUACAUUCAAAAACAAGGCUCCKUUCACCGGAAAGGUUGUCUCGACGAAGCGCAUUGUUGGCCCUAAGGCUACCGGUGAAACUUGCCACAUUGUUAUUGAUCACAAUGGCGACUUUCCUUACUGGGAAGGACAAUCAUGGGGUGUCAUUCCCCCUGGCACUCGAGAGAAGGACGGAAAACCCCAUGCAGUCCGUCUAUACUCGAUUGCGUCCUCUCGGUAYGGUGAUGACAUGACCGGAAAAACUGGAUCCUUGUGUGUCCGUCGUGCGACCUACUGGUGCCCAGAACUCAAAGCUGAUGACCCUGCGAAGAAGGGGAUCUGCUCUAACUUCCUUUGUGACACAAAAACAGGUGAUGAGGUCACUAUGACCGGACCAGCUGGAAAGGUGAUGCUCAUGCCAGAACAAGACCCCACUACURACUACAUCAUGGUUGCUACCGGAACUGGCAUUGCUCCAUACCGUGGAUUCAUCCGUCGUCUCUUCAACGAAGACACCCCAGCUGCCCGUGCUUACAAGGGUGAAGCUUGGCUUUUCUUAGGYGUCGCAAAUAGCGAUGCCCUCCUCUAUGAUGAUGAAUUCCAAGAGGCCAAGAGCCGAUUCCCCGAAAACCUCCGUAUCGACUAUGCUCUUUCUCGUGAACAAACAAACUCCAAGGGAGGAAAAAUGUAUAUUCAAGACAAGGUUGAAGAAUAUGCCGAUGAAGUUUUCUCUAAGCUUGAGAACGGGGCUCACAUUUAUUUCUGUGGCUUGAAAGGAAUGAUGCCUGGAAUUCAAGAUAUGCUWAAAGGUGUUGCUGAUAAAAAGGGUCUUAACUACGAUGAAUGGCUCAAGAAAUUAAAGAAAAACAAGCAGUGGCACGUUGAAGUAUACUAGAAGAGACAGAGACACUCUCCAUUURCUAAGAGCUUUAACGACAAAAUACGUAUGAAUUAUCUUUAGUAUGCAAUUGCAAUGUCAGUUUUGAAAUAAAUUACAGAAAUAUAU